CUCUCCUUAAACACACAUCGGAAAUAUACUCUCCUGCAGUAUGAUGAGGCAAAGGAUAGUUCUGAAGAUGGAUAUGAGCGAGAAUGAGAAAACAAUACAGAAAGCCAUGAAAAUCGCGUCAGGAGCAUCUGGUGUGAGAUCUGUCACGAUUCAUGGACAGAACGAUCAGUUGGUUGUUGUGGGAGCUGGAAUUGACACGGCCGAGCUAACACGUACGCUCCGGAAGAAAAUUUCUCAAACCUGCACCAUCGUCACCGUUCAGGCUGCACCGCCUCCACCGCCCCAGGAGCAGCAGCAGCCACCGCAGUUUCAUCUAAUGGAACAUCACAACGAGAUGGCUCCGGCGAGAAGAUGCAUAUGCGAGAUACCGAAUUCGGGUUUCUGCGGGUUUUGUAGAACCCCUUACCAGAUGAUAGCUCUGGCGCCAUAUCCAGCUCCGGUGGUCUACCGUGAAGAAUCUGAUGGAUGCAGAAUCAUGUGAUGCACUGAUGUGAAGCUUUCAACUCUGAGUUGAUAUUUGUUUGAUUUUCUUCUUUUUUUCAUACAAGUUAUGACAUUUUUAAAUUCCUGGUGCUGUAAAUAUUGUGACAUGUGACAAUGGGACUAAAAGUAUUCUUUUUCUUGGAACACCACCAAAAAA